AUGCGUCUCUUUCUCAUUCGCCACGGCGAGAGCGUGGACAACGCCGCCGGCGUCUACGCCGGCUCUCGCGACUCUGGCCUGACAGCCCAUGGAGCUCUCCAGACCCGUCGUCUGGCCUCUAGCCUCGCGCAAUCCUGUGCUAUCACGCACAUCUUGUCGUCUCCGCUUCAGCGGGCGGCCAAGACGGCAGGGGCUGUUUGCGAUGCACAGAACCAGGUGCACGGGGCUACCGGCCUGACCGUCACCCUUGUCCCGGAGCUACGAGAAAAGGAUUUUGGGAGCUUGGAAGGCGUCAGUUUUCGGCACGGGAAACCCAAUUGUCCUGACGCCGAGACGGCGCAGUGCGUAAGGGAGCGCGUAUGUCGCUUUUGGGACGAGCACAUGUUGCCGCUGUUACACGACGAGGCCGGGACCAAGACCGACACAAAGUGCGCAGUCGUGGCUCACGGCAUCCUUCUCCGUGCCCUCGCAUCGCUUCUGUGUGAAAAUCUCUCUACCAACACGGCCUUCCCACCGGGGCCCGAGCGCAACGGCUUGGCCGCGGACAGCCCUAACUCUGAGUUCCUCUCCUGGUCAAAUACAGGCUAUCUCGAGGUCUACAUGUCCAAGAGGCCGUCAGCACCCUCUGGGUCUGCCUCGUCGCAUUGUGACGUGCGUCUUACCUUGUGGCACCUGCGCAUCGAGCGCGUCAACUGCGUGUCGCACCUCGACAACCUGAAGAAGACGCGCGGCGGCAUCGGUAGUGCACCCUUUGACGAUAGCCAGCGAACGAUUGAACGCUUUUUUUCUUCGGAGCCGAAGCCUCGAACCAAUGGCAGCUGA